UGCGUGGGGAGGACCCCCUGAUGGAGUGGAGGGUAACCCUAAGACCCCGCCCUGCAAUGCCAUUGGCUCCACUCAGCCCAAUGAGCUUCCUGCUGCAUCCAACGCCAACCAAUCCCGUAACGGGAUGGAUCAGAUCAUCAACAAACAGCUCUCCAACUCUUCAGCUGCCCUCCAUUCACCAGAGAGAGCUUCCCCAAACAACCACAGACCGCACAGAAGUUCCUCCAACCGCAGGAGCAUCGCUGGAAUGCCUGAAGAGACCAAAGCCAAAACACCCACGGGGGAUAACUCAAACAUUCCCAACCGCAGUUCUUCUUUCAGGGCCAACAGCAAGGGCCCCGCUACACCGAAACGGGUGAGGUCCAACAGGAGUCGCGCCCAGUCUCCCUGCUCCCCUGGCCAGUACCCCCCCUCCCCGCUCCGGCAGAGGGCCACCACCCCCGGCACUGAUGACAGGGGUCACAUUGAGGGGAAGGGUCACACCACCCUGGAGAGGAAAUCGAACAAAUCUGAAACUUCUGAGAAAAGGAUCCCUAAAUCCACCAGCAAAGAACUGAACGCAGAGUCUCCGAGCACGCCCACGGGGCGGAGCGUUGGAGGGACGACAGACGCUGAGGAGGCGUCCCGGCUGCUGGCAGAGAGACGCCGUCUGGCCCGGAUACAGAAGGAGCAGGAGGAGAAGCAGCGGCAGGAGGAUGAGAGGCUGAGGGCGGAGGAGGAGCAGAGGAGGCAGCAGGAGGAGAGAGAGAGGCAGGAGCGAGCUGCAGUGCAGGCGGAGGAGGACAGAGUGAAGCGGGAGGAGGAGAAGAGGAACAGGGAGGAUGAGGAGAGACGGCAGAAGGAGCAGAGAUGGAAGGACAUGCAGGAUCAGCUGGACAAAGAGAGGGAGGAGGCCUGCCUGCGAGCACAGAAGGAGGCGGAGAGGAAGAGGCAGGAGAGAGAGCUGCUGCACCUGCAGGAGGAGCAGGAGAGGCUGCAGAGGAAGAAGAGAAUUGAGGAGAUCAUGAAGAGGACGAGGAAGAGUGACGUGGAGCCUCUGUCUGGUGCUGCAGUGACUGACCUGAGGCCCGUGGCUGGGGUCCCCUCAGAGGAGGACGCCCCAACUCCAGCUGAGGCCCCCCUCAUCAUGCUGGGACCCCUGGAGAACAAGAGCUUUGUGGACGAGCUGUCUGAUGGAGUCCAGUCCAUGGACGUCAGUUCUCCAUCUGUCUCCAUCAGUCCGGUGUCUAGGGACGAGCAGCCGAGCGUUCAUGAGUUCUCCCCGCUCACAGAGGGGGGGGACCUGAUGAUGGACCUGGAGGCUCACGGCCGAGCCCAGCUGCAGGGAGCCGAGACAGCCCCCUACCCUAAACUGCAGGUGGGCAGCGGGGUGGGGGACCUGAACAAGAAUCUGCUGAUCCAGGCGUACAGCGCCUCCUCCGAGUCCUCGCAGCUCAUCCACAGCCUCGGCCCCAGCAAGCUGGACGUCCAGUAGCCAGGACCUUCUCAGGAGCUGGCAUGCUGGACAGAAACAGGAGGAACAGACCAAAAGAGCGUCGCUUCUGUCUGCAACAUCACCAACAAUCAACAUUUCCACAAAGAACAAAUGCUGAACAACUAAUUUCACAUCUGUAUUACCAAACAACGCAUAACAGUGGAGCUUCUGGCAAAACAUUUGAGGCAGUGCAAAUGGGCAAUUCUGACUCUUAAAAACACAACACAGUUUGACGAAAUCAUGCAAAUAAAGUGAAAUAUAUCAAGAAAUGAAUACGAUUAUGUAACAGAGAAAGAAGUGGGAUCAGCAUUCUUGCAUGUCAAAUAAAAAAGGUUGAGUUUGGGAAAGUAAAAACACUGUUAACUAAAGAAACUCGCUACACACUCUGUUAUAAAACCUACUGUAAAGGCAUGAGUCUGGGAAUGUUUUAGUUCAAAGUCAGCUCUAAUCUGCAGACUUCAAUUAAGCUUUAGUUUACAGAUUACAUCUCCUGAAAUUCCCAGACAUUCCACAUCAUCUUGCCAUCAUUUCAUCUGUUGAAGCCAGUAUUGCCCAGCUGCACUGCCACAAAAUAACACUCGAGUAUCACCUGCUUUAAUAUCUCAUCCUUGCUUUUGUAAAACUGUAAAUAGACCCAGCUGGGUGGACGAGCGGCUCUAUAGCAGCAGUUUAUCUGGAGGGGAAGCUGUAAAAAAAUCCUGUGAAUUCUGUGUAGCAUCUUCAGUGAGGACUAGCUAGUUGAGCUGUUAAUGGUUGUAGCCGUGUUGAACAGUGUGUGGGAAUUUAUGUCCGAUGGUUUAUGUGUGUGUUUAUCUCACCUCUGCUCACAGCGACUUCUAUAAAAUCCUAGUCUGCUGUAGAUUUCCUGUCACCCCGACACAGGAUAAAAAACAUUAUAACCCCCGCUGUUGACCCUUAAUCACACUUAGCCUGUCGCUUAGGUUUCUCUGCUGCCUCGUGGACGUUUUGCGGACAAUCCACAGCAAAAACAUGAAGAAGCGGGAAAAAAAAUAAAAAAGUCCUGUAUUUUUAUCUGCAGGUCGGGAAAACGUUGACACAGUGUGUUGUGUAUUUGUCUGGCACUGACUGUAACCACGCAAGCUGCAGUUAAUAAUGUGCACUUACAGUAGUUGUGUGUUCCACUGCUCUGAAGACGCUUGUAUCUACACCUCAGCUCACCUCCCCACCCCCGAAACUUAAAUAUACCUCACCAAUUCAGAAGUCUGGUGUCUCAUCACCUCUGAGGCCUUACACCUCUGUGAAGUAAAACUAACCCGCCCUCUGCGCUCUGCCUUCAGGCUGUGUUUCAUUCAGCAUGUGCAUUUUUGCCAUUUUUUACUGUAACAUCUUGAAAGAAGAGAAACAAGAACUACACAUUUCCCUUGAGUCUGUGUAUGAGUUUCAGCUGCAUCUUAUAACGCAGAUCUGCAGGGCAAAGCAUGCAACUUUCCAGGGGCCACAGAAUCUCAAGGGCCACAUAAGGUUUCAUGUGUACAUGAUCAGGUCCACAGUCAUGAUUGAUUGUAGAAGGACUGAGGUAAUCAUUUCAAACUCCCCUCUGUAGAACUUUAAAAAAAUGGCCAACAAAACUCUGUGCAAUUGUUUGUGUAUUUAAGGAAAUAUUUUUUUUUCUGUACAUUUGUUCUCACUAUAUUAUUUCCAUAUGCCAGGUAUGUCAUUCUGGUGAAGAACACAGAAUUCCCUAAAGGCACCAAUUAAAUUGUACAAUUUCUGCAUAUUAACGACAAAUAACUUUCAAUUUUAUCUAUUCAAAUAUUUUGUUUUUCUUCCUCCAUUAUGGACUGACUUCAUUUUUAUAUUUUUGUUGAACAAUACUUCAACAUGCCACCAAUUCAAUUAUCUAAGUAUUUUGGCAAAAUCACAUUCUUUUUCUAAUUUUGUAAACUUUUCAUGCCAUUAUAAAUCUACGUCACUUCCAGACAUAUUAGAGAACAUCACUUUUUUUUAUUUACAUUUAUAACGUGACCCAUUUAUGCAUAUUUUUUGAUAGAUCUGUUACAUUGAAGGGAAAGAGUAAGCUGAUGUUUCGCUGAGUUUCUUUUUUGCCUCUGUAGGUUAAUUCAACCAUGGCUAAAAAUAAUGAUCACUGUCACAGGAACUUUUUGUUGGGUGGCAAAAGUAAAAUAGAGAAAGCUUUUGAUCCAGGUGCAAAGCAUUUUGUUAAAAAUACCCUUUGUUGCAGAAAAACGUCUUUACUGCUCAUAUAAGGUGCCACAUUGAGGGGACAAAUUGUAAAGCUGUCACUGCUGCAACCUUCAGCACUUUGUUUUAUGUUUUCACUCUUCUGCUGGCAUCCCUCUCUCCACUUUAACUCUUUAUUCCUCCAGAUUCUGCUGAAGCUCAUUGUAAGAGGGUCUCCGGGGUCCCUGUGUAUAUGAAGUAAAGGACAUAAUGUUUAUCCUAAUAUUACUUAACUCUGUGACACUGCAGCUUGGUGGAAUAUAUCAUUGUAGAUGUGGUGCAUGGAAAACUGCUGAAAUGAACAAUAAACUUCAUCAAGCCUA